CCUAACCUAGAACUGUCAAAUAUUAAUUAAACGUAAACAAAUCCAAUAUUCAUCAAUGAACCAAAUUUAAUUUAAACGUUAAUCCGUCUUGAAAUGUCUUUAAAUACAAGACACAACGAGGACAGAAGGUUCGAAGGCAACACGGAUUUCACAUACGAGCCAAUAUUGAGGUUAACAUCCGAAAUCGCUUUAGCACCCUCACCCCAAUUUGAAACCAUAAAUUUUAGCGAUUCGGACGGCGACCUGGACAUCCGACCGCCCCAGCCAAAACCGGACUUCCAUUUGCGUAACAGCCAAAACCGACGACAGAAACACUGUCGCACUUCCAAACAUGACUGCAGGGACCGACAUAGAAACGCCUAUAAACCAUACGCAAUGGAACACAAUAGCAAAAACAGGCACAGGCAUUCCGAUCCGGAUAAGUAUACGGACGGAAAACGUGACCGAAACGAUAAGUACAAAGAGCGAGCCGACAGAGCUCUGCGCGAUUUGCGCGAACGUUUGCUAAACAAGCGGUCGCGGAAGGGACACAAGAGCAAAGAGCGGGACUCUGAGGUGAGCAAGAAAGUGGAGCAGGAGCACUCAGAGGUGUACAUUAAGGAGAUCAUCAAGAUCAGUGCCGACAGGCAAAGGACUACAUCCACAGGCCACAGGACUGUUUAUAUUGAGCACAAUGAUGAUAAAUGUGGUUCUGCAUCAUCCAAAUCAGUGGAAAAGGACAACCCGCAGCCGAAAGCACACACCAAAGAACCAAAACGUCCCCCGGAAGUGGUAACAGUGUCCGACGAUUCGGACAAUCGCAACUCGGCGCAAAAGAACCAAGAGAACAGUCCAUAUUUCGUGCGUGUGACGCCGGAAAGUCCUAGUCCAACUGCAAGCUGUGAUAGCGAUAGAUUAGUAAAAUUAACCGUAGAAAGCAAUAACGGCGGCUCGUCCAGCGAGUGCAGUACGUUGGUGGACGCCGAUUUGCCAUCGUAUUAUCCAGCAAUACAGGGUUGCAGAUCCGUGGAGGAGUUCCAGUGUUUGAACAGGAUAGAAGAGGGUACUUACGGGGUGGUUUACCGGGCCAAGGACCGGAGGACAAACGAAAUAGUUGCGCUCAAGCGACUGAAGAUGGAAAAGGAAAAAGAGGGAUUUCCCAUCACUUCUCUUAGGGAAAUUAACACGUUAUUAAAGAGCCAACAUCCGAAUAUCGUUACCGUUAGGGAGAUUGUCGUGGGGAGCAACAUGGAUAAGAUUUUUAUUGUUAUGGACUACGUGGAGCAUGAUUUGAAGAGUCUAAUGGAGACAAUGAGGUUGAAGAAACAGAGUUUCCAGAUUGCGGAAGUUAAAUGUCUUCUUAGACAGUUGUUAAUUGCAAUAUCUCACUUACAUGACAACUGGAUACUUCACAGAGACCUGAAGACGUCCAACCUGUUAUUGUCACAUAAAGGGAUACUGAAAGUUGGCGAUUUUGGUUUGGCGCGAGAGUAUGGUUCCCCAUUGAAAGCUUACACGCCUGUUGUAGUUACUUUAUGGUACAGGGCACCAGAAUUAUUGCUCUGUACUAAAGAAUAUUCCACACCAAUUGACAUGUGGUCUGUUGGCUGUAUUUUUGCCGAAUUAUUGUUGAUGAACACAUUAUUCCCUGGCAAGUCUGAAGCUGACCAACUCAACAGGGUUUUUAAGGACUUGGGAACGCCUUCGGAAAAAAUUUGGCCCGGUUUCAACAACUUACCAGCGGUGAAAAAGAUAAAAUUGAAGGAAUACCCAACGUCCGAUUUAAAGGCAAAAUUCACGGGUCUUUCGGACACGGGUUUGGACCUACUGACGAAAUUUUUAACGUACGAUCCCGCACAAAGGAUCGCGGCAGAUGAAUCUUUGAACCACGGGUAUUUUAAGGAGAUGCCGCUGCCAAUUGAACCGGAAAUGUUCCCCACGUGGCCGGCUAAAAGUGAAUUGGGCCAGAAAAGGGCACUGGCGGCGGCCAGUCCUAAACCGCCAUCCGGUGGGGGCGAAUACAAAAGACUGAAAGGCGAUGAUGAAAAUUACGGUUUCAGAUUGGCGGCCAAAGUUGAUUUAAUCAAAACUGGCUUUAACCUUAAGUUUUAAAUUGUACUAUUUGUAUUUAAAUAAAUUAAUUAUUUAUGAAA